AUGGCCAACGUGGAGACAGAGGCAACGAAAGUCGAAGAGGCAACACCCCAGAAAAGCACAACGACGUCGGCCCAAGUCUUUCACGAUGAGGUAGAAAUUGAGGACUUCGAGUUCGACGAAGAGGCUGAAAUCUAUCACUUUCCCUGCCCCUGUGGAGACCGAUUUGAAAUAACGAAAGAAGCUUUAGAGAGCGGAGAAGAUGUUGCGACGUGUCCCUCGUGUUCCCUCAUCGUUAGAGUCAUCUACGAGCCGGAUAUGUUCAUGAAAUUUGAGACGCUCACCAUUGCGCCCAUAAAGAAGGCCGAAGUCGCA